UGUCAAGAGAGAGACAUAGGGAGAGAGUACCGACUUCUUUAAUGGAGAACUGAGAGGAGGUGAGAGAGACUUCGUUUGUUGUUGGAUCGAUUUGUUUUCUCCUAGCUCAGUGUGGAAUCGAUUUUCGUCGGUCAUCGGCACAGCAAGAUUGGGUACACUUCUAUUGCUUUGCUUCGCCUCUAUCUCAAAAGUCCCAAAUCAAUUGGCCAUCACAAAGAAGCAAACAAUAAUUCGGGCUUUUGUGUAUCAGAGGGUUUAAUCAUUACACCCAGAAGCUCGAUUCUGCUCCCAUUUUUGAUGUUGUGCUUGAUAACAUAAAAAUGGAAUGGCCGGAAUCAGACAAGCACUGUCCAAACAACUUCUCGGCGACCUUUCCUUCAUCACCUCCACACCCUUCGCCCGCCUCUUGGACGCCUGCAUUCGCUCCAAGUCGGCGCGUGACGCGCGUCGCGUCCACGCCCGCAUCCUUAAAACCCAGUUCUCCUCCGAGGUCUACAUACACAACAGGCUCAUCGAUGCGUACGCUAAGUGCGGCUCCUUCGACGACGCACAUAAGAUGUUCGAUAAAAUGCCUGAGAGGAACACUUUCAGCUGGAACUGCAUUAUCACCGCAUUGACCAGAUUGGGUCGUGUUGAUGAGGCUUUUAUGCUUUUUAAGUCGAUGCCGGAGCCGGACCAGUGCUCGUGGAACUCCAUGGUUUCAGGGUUUGCGCAGCAGGGCCGGUAUGAAGAAGCGUUGGAGUGUUUUGUGGGCAUGCAUGGGGAGGGUUUUGUUCUUAAUGAGUACACGUUUGGUGGCGGACUUAGUGCUUGUGCGGGUUUGAGGGAGGCGAAAAUGGGUGUGCAAAUUCAUGGGGUCAUUGCUAAGUCUUGUUAUGGUUCGGCAGUUUAUAUGGGGUCUGCACUUAUUGAUAUGUACUCGAAAUGUGGCAAUGUUGGUUGUGCGCAGCGAGUUUUUGAUUGCAUGAGUGUGCGAAAUGUGGUUUCCUGGAACAGUUUGGUUACUUGUUACGAGCAGAAUGGUCCGAUAAGUGAAGCCGUGGAAGUGUUUGUGAGGAUGAUGGAGUGUGGGUUCAAGCCGGACGAGUUGACUUUAGCGAGUGUGGUGAGUGCUUGUGCCAGCUUGUCCGCAUUGAAAGAAGGUCGGCAAAUACAUUCCUGUGCGGUGAAAUGUGAUAAGUACAGGAAUGAUGUUGUGUUAAGCAAUGCAUUAGUUGACAUGUAUGCAAAAUGUGAGAGGAUUAAUGAUGCCAGGAGGGUUUUUGAUGGGAUGCCUGUUAGAAAUGUGGUCUCUGAAACUUCAAUGGUAAGUGGAUAUGCAAAGGCAGCAAGUGUAAAAGUUGCAAGAUCAAUAUUUACAAAGAUGAAUGAGAAGAAUAUAGUCUCUUGGAAUGCACUUAUUGCAGGGUACUCACAGAAUGGAGAGAAUGAAGAGGCCCUAGGACUCUUUCUCCUCCUGAAGAGAGAGUCUGUUUGGCCCACCCACUACACAUUUGCAGCUCUCCUCAAUGCGUGUGCAACUCUUGUUGAUCUGCAGCUUGGCAGGCAGGCUCAUUCACACUUAUUGAAGCAUGGUCUUCAGUUCCAGGUUGGUGAAGAGCCUGAUAUAUUUGUUGGAAAUUCUCUAAUAGAUAUGUACAUGAAAUGUGGGUCUAUUGAAGAUGGCUGUCGGGUGUUUAGAAACAUGUUGGAAACGAAUCAAGUCUCAUGGAAUGCUAUGAUUAUGGGGCAUGCACAAAAUGGUCAUGGGACUGAAGCUCUUGAAAUAUUUAGUAAAAUGCUGGUAUCAGGGGAGCAACCAGACCAUAUUACCAUGAUUGGUGUUCUAUGUGCUUGUAGCCACGCAGGAUUGGUUGAAGAAGGGAGAAAGUAUUUUUACUCAAUGAAUGAAGAACACGGGGUGGUACCCUUGAAGGACCAUUAUACAUGUAUGGUUGAUCUACUUGGUCGAGCUGGUUGCCUUGACGAAGCUAAGAAUUUGAUAGAGGUCAUGCCAGUGAAACCUGAUGCCGUUAUAUGGGGUUCUCUGCUUGCUGCUUGUAAAGUUCAUCGUAACAUUACCUUAGGGACAUAUGCAGCGGAGAAGCUAUUAGCUAUUGAACCUAGAAAUUCAGGACCUUAUGUUCUUCUCUCAAACAUGUAUGCUGAGCUUGGGAGAUGGAGGGAUGUUGUAAGAGUAAGGAAGCUGAUGAGGCAACAGGGUGUUGUCAAGCAACCAGGUUGCAGUUGGAUUGAAAUACAGGGUCAUCUUAAUGUUUUCCUGGUGAAAGAUAAAAGGCAUUCUCAGAAGAUGGAAAUUUAUUGUCUUUUGAAGCUGCUCACAGAACAAAUGAAGAGACAAGGAUAUGUACAAGAUGCUUGUGACUACGAUUCUUAUGAAGAUCAGGCUGAAUUGCAACUGACUUCCUUCUCCGAAAUGGAUAUGUCGAAAGAUGUAGCUGUUCUGUAAUUUUAUAUACAUCAUUUACAAAAGGGACUCUCUUCUAACAUUUUCCUCAACACCUACGUUCAUUUUGGCAAACAAGAAAUCAACUACC